CCUGCUCUUGCUGCAACAUCUUCCCUGUAAACCCCUAAACCCUAAAUUCCAAAACUUUAUCAAAAUGCACAUUUUCCUUAAAAUUUCUACAAAGCUCUUACAAUCCAAAUCCAAACCCUUAAAUUACCUCACAUGGAUCCCUCCAGUUUUCUUGCAAUCCACAAAACAAAUGUCACAGUCAACUUCCAUACCCAGAAACCAACAACGUGUUCGCGACCACGGUUACGAUGAUUACAUGGAAGUUGAAAAAAAAAUCCGCAAAGUCAUGAAAUUCCAAGAACAGCUCCUCACUCAGCCAACCUCAAUGAUCCCCAUUUCUCGCCUUGACAUGCUCGCUCGCCGUUUUGGGUUCAAGCAAUACGAAGCAGGCAAGUUUAUUCUCAAAUUCCCACAUGUUCUCGAGGUUUUCGAACACCCGGUACAAAGAAUUCUUUAUUGCAGGCUCACCCGUAAAGCAUUGCUUCAAAUUGAGCAAGAAAAAUUAGCUCUUUUAGCUCAAUUACCUGAAGCUGUAAUCCGUUUAAGAAAGCUUUUAAUGCUUUCGAAUACGGGAAGAUUAAGGCUUGAACAUGUUAGGAUUGCAAGAAAAGAAUUUGGUUUACCUGAUGAUUUUGAGUUUUCUGUUGUUUUGAAGUAUCCUAUGUAUUUUAGGUUGUUUGAUGCUAAAGAGACUAGGAAUAAGUACAUUGAGGUUGUAGAGAAAGACCCGAAAUUAGCUGUUUGUGCUGUGGAGAGAGUUAGAGAGAAAGAGUAUAGAGAAAAGGGUGGUGAAGAAGAGAAUGUGAGGUUUUAUUUUAGGGUGAAUUUCCCACCAGGUUUCAAGAUUGGGAAGUAUUAUAAGAUUGCUGUUUGGAAAUGGCAAAGGCUGCCUUAUUGGUCGCCUUAUGAGGAUAUCUCGGGUUAUGAUUUGAGGUCGCUCGAGGCGCAGAAGAGGAUGGAGAAGAGAGCAGUGGCCACUAUUCAUGAGUUGCUGUCAUUGACGGUUGAAAAGAAGAUUACUUUGGAGAGAAUCGCGCAUUUUAGGUUGGCGAUGGAUUUGCCGAAGAAGCUGAAGGACUUUCUCCUUCAGCAUCAGGGAAUAUUUUAUAUCUCGACAAGGGGAAAUCAGGGGAAAUUGCAUACGGUGUUUCUCAGGGAGGCUUAUAGGAAGGGAGAGUUGAUUGAGCCAAAUGAUCUGUAUUUAGCUAGGAGAAGGCUGGCUGAGUUGGUUUUGAUGAGUCCAAGGAAAGCCAAUAUGGAUAAAGAAUUGGUUAAUUAUAGAAGGCGGGGAGACGACGAUGAAAUAGCUGCUGUGAGAAGAGACAACGUCGAGAAUGAAGGAGAUCAUUCAACAGUUCAAGAGACAGUUAGCGAAGAUGAGGAGAGAGAAGAAAGCGUGGACUACGAUGAUGAUUGCAGCAGUGACUCUAAGUACACAGAUGAAGAAGACAGUGGUGAUGAUGUUACUGAUGAUUUAGGAAAAGAAACAUCAUAAUAUUACUAAUUAUUGCAACUUCGAAAGCAAUAUGUUAAAUGCCGUAAACGGACAGUGCGAUAUUCUUUCAUUUGUGUAAAAAGAACAAAUCAUUGCUUGGUAUUUGUCUCUUAAUCAGAAUGUUUUGUCAUUUUUGGCUCAACUGAAAUGUCUUCCAAAGAAUUUCAAGGAAAAUAUUAGAGAAGACAUAGUGAAUCCAUUUUGAUCUUAACGUGGACUUGUCGGUUAGAAAGAUUCAGCAGUACUAUCCAAAGAGGUGAUUUAUGUCCUUCAUAAAAGAACUUUUGGCUUUGGAACACAACAAAGUGAACUUUCGCCGAGAGGUGCAAUGUUUUACAUUGGUAUUCUUGCCUUCCUCUUGCCAGCACAUCUCCAGAAGCAUCAUAUUUACUACAGCCUGCAUAAUGUUAAAAGAACUAUCUACGGGUAACUUCCAGCUUGUCAUGUUGACUAAGAGGGAAAGGAAAAGGGAAGAUCACAGAUACCGCCAGUCUAUUUGAAUUGAAAAAACAUCUUAUGCUAGUAUGCACACACGUGAGAUUUAUUUAAGAGAAAGAGAACAGAGGAGAGCUUGAUUAAACUAGAAGCAUGUCCCUUUUCUUAGCACUAAGACAAAGCCUUCAUCCCUUUCAGCUUGAAAAGUGAACAAGCAUGUUCUUUAUGAAUUCCACUGGAUCGAGUGUUCAUUUCACAAAGAGAUCGUCAAAUCUUGAAGGAUAGUUGCAUGAUUUGGGAACUAUGAUAAAAACAUACCUUAAACUAAUGGAAUUAUCUUAUCAUUCAUCCAAGCCACUCUGCUAGCUUUUGUGCACUUUCAGGAUGCAGCCAAGGGGCUUCUAUCGAGUAGAGAGGAGAUUGGACAGUUUCUUUGACAUAGUUUUAAUGUGCUUUGUCCACAUCCAAGCUUUUUGUCAGAGAAGCAUGUGGGUGUCCAAGAUUUUGAAAGAUCGUGAGUCGAAAUCGAGUGGAAGGGCUCACAAAGAGGAAUGACAAGAAGAAUUUUACAAAGGAAGAGUCUUUAAAGGAAGAUGGGAUUGUCAAAUGGAAUGAGGAAUUUAAAGUAUGUAACUUUUCAGCUUAUAAAGGAGGUGUUCAUCCUUGGGAGGUUGCCCUUAGUGUGUUCAAACUGAGUUCUUGAUUGCCUUUACCUCUGAUUCUGUUGGUUUUUCUGGAUUCUGAUUUUUGACGACUAUUAUGCUGUUACACUUAGACAUUUUGACUUUUGCUUGCUUUCAUUCCUUUGAUGGGUUUUAGAACUGUCGAGAGAAAGACAAUGAAAUCAAGAUCAAUCUUGGAUUUUCUCAUGCAAUAGCAAUACCAGUUGUGAAUCUAAUUGAAGGAACUUUGAGAACUGGAACAGGGAUCAAAUGUUUAGACUAUCUGGUAUUGGGAAUUUGAUCUUUUGUUGGUUUCAGUUGUCGUUAAAUGGUUAUAGAAUAAGAAGAUUGUGAGCC